UUUAGCAAUUAAAACUGCCAACGACCUUCCUCCCCAGAGGAGAGAGAGAGAAAACUAACUUGAAAACCAAACCUCUACUUUCCCACCAGUAUUUAUUUGUCACAAGAUCCUUAACCCUACACCACGCCAGCUUAUAGUGAUCAUACACAAACAAGAGAGAAAAAACAUGGGGAACAAAUAUGGUUCUUGGCUAUUGUUGAGUCAAUUUCUAGUACUGAUAACCACAAUCCAGGCCAAAAUCCCAGCUUUAAUCGUGUUUGGAGACUCUUCUGUGGAUUCUGGGAAUAAUGACUAUAUUCCUACUGUUGCCAGGAGCAAUUUUGAGCCUUAUGGUCGUGACUUUCAAGGUGGCAGGCCGACUGGAAGAUUCUCAAAUGGUAGAAUAGCUACUGAUUUUAUCUCAGAGGCUUUAGGGCUCAAGCCAACUGUACCAGCCUACUUAGAUCCAGCUUAUGGCAUUUCAGACUUUGCUGUUGGAGUUAGUUUUGCUUCUGCUGCAACUGGCUAUGAUAAUGCCACUUCUGAUGUGCUUUCUGUGAUACCAUUUUGGAAGCAACUGGAGUAUUACAAGGACUAUCAGAGGAGAUUGAAAGGCUAUCUUGGAGAAAACAAAGCUAGCCAAACUAUAUCAGAGGCUCUGUACCUGAUAAGCAUAGGAACAAAUGACUUCGUGGAAAACUACUAUGCAGUUCCAGGAGGCCGAUCAUCUGAGUACAGCAUCUCACAAUACCAAAUUUUCCUUGCAGGAAUUGCCGAAAGUUUUGUCAGGAAACUUUAUGGUCUAGGUGCUCGAAAAAUAUCCCUUGGAGGGCUCCCUCCAAUGGGGUGUAUGCCAUUGGAAAGAACCACAAACAUGAUGAACGGAAAUGAAUGUGUGGAGAGCUACAACAUUGUGGCCAUGGACUUCAAUGGCAAGUUAUACAAUUUGGUGAAUAAGCUGAACAAGGAACUUCCUGGAGUCCAACUCAUCUUCUCCAACCCAUAUUACGUUUUUUUGCAUAUCAUCAGAAAUCCCGCUUCAUAUGGAUUUGACGAGACAUCAGUGGCAUGUUGCGCAACAGGAAUGUUUGAGAUGGGGUAUGCAUGCAAUAGAAACAAUCUAUUUACAUGCGCAAAUGCAGACAAGUACGUGUUUUGGGAUUCUUUCCAUCCCACCCAGAAAACUAAUCAGAUCAUUGCUAAUUAUAUCGUCAAGCGUGUUCUUUACCCGUUCAUUUAGUUUUUCUUUUUCUUAUUAUUUAUUUCAUGCCAUAUAUUAAUAUAUAUAUAUAUGCGUAGUUAUUAAUUAAUCGAUUGUAGCCACUUCAAUUAAUAUGUUGAAUAAGUACUGUUUUUUUCAUAUAAUUAAUUUAAUGCCUCUCCUAUUUAAUAUAUAAAUAAUUUUGUUCUA